UAUUACACUCUAGAUUUUAGGGUAAUUUUAUUUACCAUUACAACUAGUGUAAUAUCUAUAUAUUUUAUUUUGGUAAUUUGAAUAUUACUAUUUUUCUUAAAUUCUUUUGCGUUAAAUAUUUUUCAGUUUUAUAAUUUCCAUUUCAUCAAUUGUAAAAAUAUUUGGUACUUAAUUUUUCAAACUUGCCAAAUUUACUUUACUAUAAAAACUUAGUAAAAGAAGCCAUCAAGUUAGCUUGGGUUAUUAUUGUCUAAAAAUGUAUGUGCUGGCUUAAAUUCUAUAAGUGUUAAAACAGCCAAAUCCUUAACAAUGUAGUUUUAUCAGCUCUUACCAGAAUGACAUAUCUUAGUAAGCAGUGUCAAUCCCUUAAGCAAAAUACCAGACCCUUAAUUGAUUAUAACACAAAGAUAGGCAUGAAACCCUAGUUCCUGUGUUUGCACUGCAAUAAUCCUUCCUGGGAAAAGAAAGCUGAUUUUUAUACCAAAAGACAGAUCUGAAGUCAUUCUUACUUUGGACUUCAGACAUUAAACGUGAACAACUGUUUAAAACUGUCUUUUUCAUCUUUUCCAGAACGCUAGCCUAAAGGCCUCGCAUCUUAAACCCUAAAUUAAACCUAUUGUCAAACCCGUCUCUGGAGCUAAGUCACCCCGUAAAACCCGAGCGUAAAAACUGGUGGAGUACACAGAGGUUAGAACUCGAGUUAAAUGUCAAACCCGAUAAAUUGUUAUUAUCUUCGCUCAAGGGAUUUGCCAACCGAGGAUAGUGCAUCAGAGCCAGAGGCUGAUCCAGUAUCAGAAGACUCGUUAGGGCUCAGCGACCUCGAGGUAGAUCUGAUAACCACGGAGGAAGUGAUUAUGGCUAUGCCACAAAUAUCUAUUUCACCAUUCCACGGCAAUCCAGGAGAAAGGGCUGACGAAUGGCUGGUAUGGUUCAACAAUUUUGCUGAUGUACAUGGUCACAAUGCAGACAAACGAUGUAAGAUGUUACCAUUUUAUUUAAGGGACCAUGCAGUUGCUUGGUUUAGCUCAUUACCAGCAGAUACCAAAGGCAAUUACGAAUCGCUAACAGCCGCCUUAAAAGACAGGUUCAAUGGCAGUGAUGGGCUGGACACAAAUAUGGCGUUGUUAUCUUUGCAGCAGCAACAUGGGGAAAGUUGUGCCCAUUAUUUUACAAGGAUUUUAAAAGUAACCAAUGGACAGAGCUAUUCCGAAGAUCUUCUGUGCAGUGUUGCUAUUAAAGGACUUAGUGGGCAAGUUAAGGCUAUUGUUAUGCCACAGAAUGUAAAAACUCUUGAGGAGCUACGUAAGGCAGCCACCUUGGCAGAAAGAACCAUCGCAGCUACCUCAGGGUCAAUCAAUGCAGCCUCCAACUUCCCAAAUAUAGUCGGUCAACAAUUAGAGAAGAUUAGUCAACGUCUAGAGGCAAUAGAGCUACGGGGUCAAGAGAGUGAGAUGCCCAAGCCAACAUGGAGCCGAACCAGAGGUCUUAGAGACAGGCAGCGUCAAAAUGAUGACAAGAUAGGAUGUAGAAGAUGUGAAGGAUUCGUUGAUGGCAAAACUCUCCUUGGCAUAAUUUUUCUUGUUAAUCUGAUGGGGUCGUGUGGAGGAUCAGAGAUGUUACAAAGAUUGAACUAUGGUGUUGUUUUCAAACAAUCUGAUAAAGUGAUCAUUGCCCAAGAUUUCUGGUUUCAUACUUUUGAAUUGGAUAUACCAAACCCAAUAAUGGUGCCUAUGUUAGCAACCUGUACUAAAACUAACAUUACUUGUGCAAUGCUCACGCAUAUUAUUACACAGUUAAACACAAUACGCGCAGAAACUAAUAGCCGUUUCAAUGCAACCAUACAAUUGAUUGAAGAGCUAGUGCCUGAAACUAAGGUUCAUAAGUCAAGAAGUCGUAGGAGUCUGCUUCCCUUCAUAGGCAAGUUGUCAAAAGGAAUCUUCGGAACAGCUACGAUGGAUGAUGUGAACAUUUUAGCUCAACAUAUGAAUAAACUUAACAAAGUGUCAGUUGGUCUAGCUAAGACAUUGGCUCAACAUGAAGACCAUCUUAGCUCAUACAUAUCUACAGCUAACAAGCGUAUGGAUAACCUGAUGAAUGGAAUAACUGAUAAUAUGCUGGCAAUUAAAUAUGUUCAGUCAGAAAUACAUUCAACUGCAGUCAAUAUUGAACAUACGUUUGACUACAUUAUCAGUAUUUUAGUAGACCAAAUUGACACCUCUGCAAACCUAAAUCAUGAACUUGAUCAGCUUAGGUUAGGUAUAUCAAGUUUAUUAAAUGGUAAACUAUCACCACUAUUAAUUUCUGCUGAAGAAAUAACUAGUAUGUUACAGGAUAUUCAAACCAUUUUGGAAGCUAAAUUUAAUGGAUUCUACCUAUCAUACAAAUCUGCAAGUGAUGUAUAUUCUGAUUGCAAAUAUAUGUUUGCAAGAAAUGGUUCAAAAAUUUACAUUACUUUGAAACUGCCUAUUUCCAGUUUUCAAGAACCCCUUAUAUUGUACAAAAUUUUGUCUGUACCCGUCCCUAUUAAUUCCACAUCCAAGCAUGCAACUCAACUGUUAGAUUUACCUGAUAGUAUGUUAGUAACUUAUAAUAAACAGUAUUAUGCUGCAGUAACCAAAUCUGAUGUAAUGACAUGCUCAGGAAAAACAAUUAAACUCUGCAGAUCUAAUUUUGCUUUAAGGCCAAUUACUGACACAUCUUGUAUAUUAGCACUAUUUGCUAAUGAUAAAGCAUUAGUAAAAACAUUGUGCAAUUUUAGAUUUGUCCAAAAUGUGAUCAAACCAAAAAUAGUAGAACUAGCCUAUAAUUCGAUCAUACUGUAUAGGACACCAUUUUUGUCUUUACAAUGUUUAAGGGACCAUAGAAUGGUUGCCGGGUGUGAUUUUUGUGUAUUCACCGUUCCUUGUAGAUGUUCGGUUUCAACUCAUUAUCAUUUUCUACCCUCUAGACUCGGGUCAUGUCAUAAACAUGUUGAUAAUGUAACAAUAUUGCAUCCUGUAAACCUAGCACUACUUCAACAUUUUUUUGAUACCUCAUUUGUGGACCAUAUUUUUGCUGAUACUAUUUUUAAAUAUCCUAUGAACGUGUCUAUUCCACAGUUAAAAAUUUAUCAACACAAAAUGUCUAAUGUCAUUGUGGAUGAUUCUAAAGCUCAUUUAAGCUUGUCAAAAAUGGCAGAAGUAGCUAAGAAAGAUGCUACUAUAUUUCAGUCUCUUACAGAACCUUUAUUAGAUAACCAAAUACAGCUUCAAUCUAAUUGGCCUGAUAUAGAUAGUAUUCUGUUAAUAUGUACUAUGAGUGUGACUGCUAUUUUAUCAGUACUUUUACUUUGGACAUUCUGUAAAGUCCGUAAACUCAGUGCAGCAUUAAUGUUCGUACAAAAUGUAAAUAAAUGUAAAGCUAUUCCAAAUAAUAUGCCAUCAUUUAUAUAUACAACAGAAUCAAGCAUGUCUCAAGAAAACAAAAAUUUAAUGUCUAUUGAUUUAACCUGGGACCACAUCAAUUUUGUUCUGUCAAGCACUUUAAUCUUGCUUAUCAUUUAUGUAUUGUGGAAACAUUUCCAAGCUAAACAAACUCCAAAAAUUUGUCUAGAAAUUACUAAUGGAACAAAAUGCAUUUUACUUGACAUUAUUUCAUUGCCUAUGUGUCCCACGCAUUAUGAUAUCAAUGUCCCUGAUGCUAUCACAAAUUUACAAAUAAUUGGACAUUGGUAUUCUCCAAAGUUGUCACUUGCAUGGCCAAAUUUUUACAUGCAAAAUAAACUAUCAGGACAAAUUAUAAAUGUACAGUCUGAAUUAUCAAUUAGUAUGCUACAGGCUUACACAGCAAAGUCUAUCUUGAAUAAACCCUUCUUCGUAUACUUAUAUCAGUUUCACCAUGGAAUAAUGAUUCCUAUUAGGCAUAAUGUAUAAAAAGGGACAAUCAAGCAGACUGAGAAAACUUAUCAAAGUACUAAAAUCAGUACUGUAUAUAUCAAAUAUAUUAUUGUAUUCAUAUUGCUAUGUUUGUAAUAUAACUUUGUUCAUUACAAAUAAUUGUUGACUUGUAAAACGUGUGUAUAUUAUUGUAUAUAUGUUUCUUUUGGUGUUGGUACUUGUUAUAUGUUGAUAAUUUUUCAAACUUUGGGGACCAAAGUCUUCAAAGCAGGAGGGAACUAUUACACUCUAGAUUUUAGGGUAAUUUUAUUUACCAUUACAACUAGUGUAAUAUCUAUAUAUUUUAUUUUGAUAAUUUGAAUAUUACUAUUUUUCUUAAAUUCUUUUGCUUUAAAUAUUUUUCAGUUUUAUAAUUUCCAUUUUAUUAAUUGUAAGAAUAUUUGGUACUUAAUUUUUCAAACUUGCCAAAUUUACUUUACUAUAAAAACUUAGUAAAAGAAGCCAUCAAUUCAGCUUGGGUUAUUAUUGUCUAAAAAUGUAUGUGCUGGCUUAAAUUCUAUAAGUGUUAAAACAGCCAAAUCCUUAACAAUGUAGUUUUAUCAGCUCUUACCAGAAUGGCAUAUCUUAGUAAGCAGUGUCAAUCCCUUAAGCAAAAUACCAGACCCUUAAUUGAUUAUAACACAAAGAUAGGUAUGAAACCCUAGUUCCUGUGUUUGCACUACAAUAAUCCUUCCUGGGAAAAGAAAGCUGAUUUUUAUGCCAAAAGACAGAUCUGAAGUCAUUCUUACUUUGGACUUCAGACAUUAAACGUGAACAACUGUUUAAAACUGUCUUUUUCAUCUUUUCCAGGUAUGUGAUAUUUUUGUAUUUUCUAAUGUACAAUUUAGAAUAAUUAAACUAAAUAUGAUACUUUAUUUUCUAAAUAUUUGUACUUUGUUUAUAAAAUCAUUAUGAAAUUUUUAUCAUCUGAAUUUUUGCAACUGUGUUAUAUUUUAAUUUCUACUUUUGAAAUUAUUAUGUUGUAUUAGUAUGCAUUCUCAAAUGUUUUCAUAUUUAAUGAAAAUGGCAAAGGAUCAUAAAUGAAACCAUCGCUUACCAUAAUUUUAAACUAUCUAAUAAUUACAUGAAUUUCUGGCAGUUUGUAAAUUCUGUCUUUAUUACCUUUUAUCUAUGAAAAGAGACUUAGUAACAAAAGUUGAAAAACUUUGUGUAAAUAUGUUUUCUUGUUAAAUAUGUUAAGUUGAUUUUUCUAUAAUUGAAGAUUUUAAUAUUAAGUGAAUAAUUACAACAAUAUUGUAAAGAUCCCUGUUUCAUUUUUUUUACAAUAUAACAAAGGACAAUAACAUUAAUAAACACUUGUAUAUAAGUUUGCAAUUUGCAAUUUAUACUAGUAUAUAAAGUUGUUUAGUUUAAGUAAUGACAUUGUACCUUUCACUAGCUAAUGCGAGUUAUUAUAUUUUAUUAAAUGAAAACUUAUUAUUUCCCCCAUUAUAAUUAAAAUACCUUUAUUGCAGUCUGCAAAUAUCAGUACAUAUGUUGUGAUAUGCUUUUAUUAUGUUAAAAACUAUUAUGUAUUUCAAAUUGUAUUUUAUAUUUGUAACUGUAUAUACACAUUCUUACUUUGGACUUCAGACAUUAAACGUGAACAACUGUUUAAAACUGUCUUUUUCAUCUUUUCCAGAACGCUAGCCUAAAGGCCUCGCAUCUUAAACCCUAAAUUAAACCUAUUGUCAAACCCGUCUCUGGAGCUAAGUCACCCCGUAAAACCCGAGCGUAAAACAUUUCC